CCGAUUCCUAUUGAUAAGUGUUCUUAGUUCCUUGGAAUAUCCUGCAAGGGUGCAAGAGAUAGUAAAAUAGUAAGAUGAGUAUCCUAUGAUGCUGAAAUAACUCAAGAUUGUGCCACUGCAUCAUUAGGCGCUGGAGCAGCUGAGUAAAAACUGAGGUAGCGAAAGGAGAGAGAGAGAGAGAAAAAACAUAAAAAAAAUACACAAAUACACUUUCUCAAUGGCUGUUGAAUAUAAUUAUUGUAAUAUUUAUUAUGAUUAUGUACAUACAUACACGUAAAUAUACAUAUACAUAUACAAGAUAUACAUAUAUAUAGAGAUAUAUACAUAUAUACGAUAUAUAUAUUUAUCAUAGUUGAAAGGGAAAGGAAACGGUAAAAGGACGUGUGUCUAUAUGGUCGAAACAUUUGCCAGUUUAUUCGUGUGUACUCCAGCAAACAGCACAGUCCGUAAAUUAAAAAACCAAACAAGACAAGAGAAGCAGAAAACAAUACAUAUUGCAGAUGCCAAAGUAGAGAGGAGCAAAACUAUCAGCCCCACCACGUGAGCCAAAUCAGGACGAUAGGAUCAGGCAGGAUCGUAGGAUGUGUUCCUUCGCAGAAUGCGAGGAAUUCAGGAAUGUGCAUGAAUGCUAAAUUUCCUACAGCUCUACAGCCAUUAACUCAAGCACUUUUGAUCGCCAAUUCUCGAAGGUUUCGAAUGUUAUAAAGAAUAAAGCUUACAAAUUUUUAAAUAGCUGCUCCCGUACAUUCUCCCACCUAAAGGUGCUUACUAGCAGCAGCUAUUGCCAUAGGGUAUACAAACUUAACAGCCGACGAACUCCUAAACCUCUUCUCCAGUUAUACGUCGCAGACAGAGCAUUUGUGUUUGCAUAGUAGUGGCCAACUGAUAAUCCUAUAGAUAGUUUUGAAUUCUAACAAAACUUGGAAGGAAGGUAGGAAAGUAUGUGAACCUAUUGGAAAGUAAAACAAAAUCUCCUAAUUCUGACACUCACGUCCAUAUCGAGCGAAAGUACUGAACGUUAAAACAGGAAGGAAUUAUCUUGCGAAACACUGGCCAUGCCAUUUAUUCGUUGCUUAAACUUACACAAACACGAUACGAUCGAAAUAGUUAAACGAAAGUAAGCGAAACAAUAGCACCACAACGAACAACCGGAAAUAGCCAUUGCGACUAAUGCUCGUUUGAAUCUUUCGUUUUAUCUUCAGACAGAAUUCGUUGUGUGCUCACUCUCUGUACUUCCACCCUGUCACAUGGCACAUCAUUCCCUCCCCUUUCAGUCCCAUUUUAUUCAUGUUGAAUGAAUGUCGAUUGUAUUGUAAAAAACAAGUGGAAAUCCCCAAAAAAAAUGACUAAAUAUUGAGUGUUUAUAUAUUGCGCCGGGUACGGAAUGCGUAAACUGAACAUUAAAUUGCGCCAAACGACAUAUGGAUUUAAACAGUCACUAAACUGCAAAACAAACAAAAAAAAUUGUUGGUAUAAAAAAAAACAAAACAAACAAACACAUAAACAAACAAAACGAACCAAAGCUAUUCGUAUGAAAAA